CACGCAAUUCUACGUCACCAACCAGGAAGUGAGCAAAGAGGAGGGACAGGAGAAUCACAACAGAGCUACUAAAGCUUUGACAGCUCUGUUUUGUGCCGCUGAAACACGCUGUUUGUCUUUUGUUACCGUUAACUGACAUGUCGCGAAAACCCAAAGAUGAAUUCUACCGUUUUUUUUCCGUUAGCGACCCACGCACACACGAGAAGGGGUACACCGAGUACAAAGUGACAGCGAGGUUUGUGUCCAAGCGUCAUCCAGAAGAUGUGAAGGAGGUGGUGGUGUGGAGGAGGUUCUCAGAGCUGAAGAAGCUCCAUGGGGAGCUGGCUUACACUCACAGGAACCUGUUCAGAAGACAGGAGGAGUUUCCAUCUUUUCCCCGCUCACAAGUCUUUGGAAGGUUUGAUGAGGCUGUGAUUGAAGAGAGGAGAAAUGCUGCAGAGGCCAUGCUUCUAUUUGCCACCAGCAUACCUGCUCUCUAUAAUAGCCCACAGCUCAAGGACUUCUUCAGAGGUGGUGAGGUCACAAGGCCUCUGGAGGCCACCCCUCUGUCCACUGCAGCGUCUCUUCCUCCCCCUCUCAUCCCCCUCCCCAAGCGGAGGGACUCAGACUGUGAACCUGCCGAAGAAGAGGAGGGAAGGGAAGCUCCCGCUUUACCCCAAGACCUGGGCACCAACCUGGGCUUAGAGGUGGGAGAACCGGAGGUGGCGGCUGAGGCUUACAGCGAGAUGGGAGGCUCUCCCAGAGAAGAACAAGAACAAGAGGAGCUUAGCGAUACAGAACUGGAUGACAGAGUUCCAUCUCUCGACCCGUGCCCAGCCAGAAACUACCAAUCACAAGAGUCCCAGGAAGAAUUUGAUUCACUGUUUGACUCUGUGGCAGAAGAGCAAGUCCCAUCCCUGAAAGAGGAUGGUCCACCUCCUCUGACUGAUAAUGACUUGGCUGUCUUUGAUCCCUGCUAUAAACAAGAUAAAUCCAAUUCCUCCAGCGACCACUCAGAGUUGUUCUCUCUGCCGCCUGCCAGUCUGGAUGAAGGGGAUGCGGGUUACCUAAACCAAGCUGGCACUGAGCUAACGGCUGCGAUGGAGUUGGAGAAGGAGGGAGAAUUUGGUUCUGCCAUUCGUAGAUACAGGACGGCGGUGGAUAUACUGAUCACUGGAGUGCAGGGAGACCCAGAUCCGAUACGCAAGGAGUCUGUGAUGAGGAGGACGGCCCAGUAUCUGAAGCACACUGAGAUGUUGGUUGACAAGCACUCCUCGCCCACACACACUCUCACACCUACACACACAAACACACAGGAUCCUUAGUAGCACAUGCACAUUUUUGUAUACACUAUUCACACAUGAAGACUGAUCAAAGACAAACAAGCUCAGGGUUGUGACAUACAUAGGCACACACAUACAUUUCACACACACACACACCCCCACAACCAUACACUCUUGAUAAAGGUUCACAUAAGCAUACUCACACAAAUGCAAAGUUACAUACAGUAUGUUGACACAUAGUGAGAACACAGAACUCAGAAAUACAUU